UAUUCCGCGAAACACGACCCGAUUUGCCCAUAAAUGCAUGUCUACAUGACAUAGACCGCAAUAAUUUGCAACAGAGCGAGAAGUUCGGAUCGGACUUAGAGGGAUCUAUAUAAUAACAUGAGUGAAUCUACCAAAUGAUGGCUCCUUCGAUUACUGUCUCUACUUGACCAGUCGCACCGUCGAGCGACUCAAAAGAAGUGAACACUAAGACGUGGGACAACAUCAUACCUUCAGAAUGAGGCCUUAUCUCGCCUCCCUCCCCUUUUCCGUUCUCCCCUCCGCUCUUUGCGCCUGCACCCGGCCCCAGCUUGAAUCCGCCGUCACUGACUUCUUCAAUUCCGCUGUCGCUCAGCGGAACACGCUCUCCACGCCCCUCUCGUCAUCAGCCAAAAUCACACAGAACAAUCAGGUCGUGUCCUUGGCUCAAACGUCAUAUGCCAACCUGACCAACUUCGCCGUUCCCUGGCAGAUCUCCGCUGUGGACGUCGACGCCUGUCAGAUCGCGUCGAUGCGCGUCCCGACCGAAGCGGGUCGCCAGCGCGCCAUCCUUAGCAUCCGCAUGGCGCUGGACAACGCCACGGGCGCGAUCGAUGAGAUCGAGAUCGUCAAUGCCCUACCAGGAAGCCACAUGCUGUUCGCACCGGAGCGAUUCCCUGCGGAAGCCCCCGCCGUGUGGAGCACGCCGUACCCGGCACCGGCCUUGACACGGGUGCAGCUCAUCGCGAUCGCGAACAGCUAUGCCGAGGGCAUCCAGUCCGGAGACGGGAGCGGAGUGCUCGCGGCGGCACAAUGUGUGCGCAACGAGAACGGAGUGACCAUGACGCAGCACUGCGAGCAGGGCCUGUCGCUGUUCCGGUACCCGAUCCCGACGCGGCGAUGGGUGGUGGAUCGAGACUUGGGAGUGGUUCUCGGAAUGUUCGCUUUCGAUAAAAGUCGGAGGGCAGGGAGGAGUGAAUGGUUGUAUCUGCAUGAAUACUUCAAAGCGGAGAGUGGGAGGGCGGCGUGGAUAGAGGCUGCCAUGCAUACUCUGUAUGGGCCGUAUACGGAUGCUUGGGCUGGUUAG